GUGGCUGUGUGGGGAGGGAAGCCACAUUCACUGCUUGCCUGCACCUCUCUGCCUAGAUAAAGCUGCCUCUUCCAAAGUCAACAUGAUAGUUAUGUUCUGCAUUGGUGGCGGAAUCCUGGUGGCCAUGAUCGUGCUGAUGUGUGUUGUCAUCUGUCUUUACUACAAAGUAGCCAGCGCAUUAAAUUUCUUAAGAGCUCCAAAGAUACCUGUUUGUUUCGCCUUAAAAAAUAAUCCAACCGUGGUCACCCAGGACAAGGUCGCUGCGGCCAUCACUGCUGGGCCUUGUCCCAAUCUCCAAUGCUGUGAUGAAUGUAGUAUGUAUGCUGGCUUUGAUCGCCUGCCACCGUGCUUCUGUGAUGUAAACGAGGGACUUUGACUUGAGUGGGCACAAAUACC